GAGUUAUUAAUCUCGACGGUCGCGCAGAAACAACAACAAAAAAAAAAGGCCGAUACGAUUAUACCAAGACGGCACAUUUGUCGGUUGCUCGGACAACGGCAAAAAAAUCCAUACUGCGUGUGUGACAACGGUAGCGCAGGCACCACAAUAGUUCUUCGGCAGACUCUCCGCCACCGCAUUCACCUGCGUCAAACACGCCCAUUAGCGUCAUCUGCCCUACCGGGCAAACGCAUGGAACCCAACGAAUGAUUUCCGUGCUCGGUACCAUAGCAAGGACGGAUACCCACAGCGCGAGUAUCGUGCCCACACUGCUUGUGCGUUCCUACUCUAUGUCAUAUGUGUACACUGUUUGGCGAAAGAGGUUUCGCUCAUCUGCUGGUCCGACGCACUGUCAAAUGGUGAUGGUGGGGAGGAAGGUGGAAGUCGCUUAAACCCGACACCGUCGUCGACGCGUUCCCCGUCGACCCUCACCGCCGCCAACGCGACCGGUAUCGUGUUUCGCGCGCUCCGUGGACGCCGCCGGUCGUCCUGCGCCGCUGCUCUUCGGUAGUAACGUUCAGUCGGCCGUCGUCCCGUAAUCGCGUCCGUGUCUCGUAUUCAACCGGUCGAUACCAUAAAUUCUAUGACAGUAGUUGGGUUGUUUGCUUUUUUCACCGUCUUCACGUUGGUCGGUAGAAGAUAACGCCAAGCUGAUUUCAAAGUUUUCCAAAAGGCAUAAUAUCGUUCACGAUGCCAAUAGAAACCAAACGAUGAUUUCAGUAGUAACAAAAUUUGAAUGACAAAUGGAGUUAAAAAUUGCUGAAAACUUAUCCGAGAAUUGAAUUAUUUAUCCAAGUUCGACCGAUCACGUUAUUCUAACUGUAUUGGUGGCUUUUGAGCCAGCCGAUUGGCAGUUUGAUCGCAGCCGUAGCAGUGGCGGCAACUACAGCAAAGGCUGCAGAGUUCAACGCUGCAGAAAAAUACACCACGACGGCGGAUUACCAUCAACACCAUUAUAUGAGUACUAUGCAGCAGACGGCUUCGUCCUAUCGAGGUGUGGUAGAGCCCGGUAACGUUGUCGGCGGUUGUGGAAUUUCUUCCGGGACGACAGCAGUGACGGCGUCUUCGUCAUCUCCUUCGCCUCAAUCUCCUCCACCUCCUUCAUCACCUCAACCUCGGAUCUCGUCGUCACCUACUGACACGUCUACGCCUUCGUUGCCGCCACCGCCCACAGCAACUGCGCUAAUAUCACCGCCGCCACUUUCUCCAUGCGGCGGUUAUAGUUUAUUGAACAGUGGUGCGGGAGGCGGUAGUGGAUUUUACGGGAAUAGUAGCGCCGGUGUGCAUCUUCAAAAUCAACAACAAUUCACGGGUCCAUCGUCGUGUAAUUACCCGGCUAGUGGUGGCAUAACCAGAAAACCACCUUGUUCCGGAAGCGAUUCUCUUUUGCUCUUGCAUCAACAGCAACAAGGACUUCAAAACGGUUCCGACCAUCAUUUACAACAUUUGGACGUGCACCCUCACCAAUUGCACCAUCACCAACAACAGCAACAUCAUCAUCAUCAAAUGCAACAAAAUGGAGGAGGUGGUAGUGACUACCACAGUAAUCACCACCACCAUCAUCAUCAUCACGACUUACAUCAUAUGCACCAAGACGACGGCGGGAUUAGUUCGGCGUAUUCGGGUCUAUACGGACCUCCGUCGUCACCUCCGUUACAGCAGCAGUUGGCCGGUGGAAGCAAUAUGAUAAUCAACAACUCCAUGUCAUAUUCGAGUGGUUAUAAUGGAGUUUACAACGGAGGCACUGCCGGAGGCCAAAGCUGUUAUUCCGCCGCGGCCGUUGCUGCGGCCGCAGCUGCUGCAGCUGCAGCACAGCAAGACUAUUCUGGAGGAUAUGUCGGAGGAGGUGCUUCGACGGGCGCCUAUUCAUCUGCCACUAGCCAUCACGGUACUAGUCACCAAGUCAGUGCUCAUCAUAGUGGUGUCAGUAUAGGUCAUCAUCACCAGUCAUCUGCUAGUACGGCGGCGGCGGCUGUAGCCAGUUAUUAUGCGGCUGCUGCAGCAGCUGCUGCCGCUGCAGCUUCAGCUGCAUCUCAAGGUCCGGGCGGCUAUUCUUCUCCGUCUUCACAUUACGGUAGUAACGCACCCACUUAUGGUCAAUUACAACCAGUGGUUGGAGGUAUUCAGCCAGACAGUCCACCUGGCGGUGGUCCUUCAUCACCUUCUUCUCCUGUUAAGUCAAUAACUUCGAAUAGUCGACGGUUAGUUGAUAGUAGUGGUCGUUGUAGUGGAAAUGGCAACAAUCGCAGUGGCCGUGGAAGAAGAUCGGUUGCGGCAAAUGCUAGCGGUGGAGGUAGUGGACAAUUAGCUUCCUUAGUCAACAACCCUUCGCCCGUACAAUCGACUGGUAACGUAGCUUUAACCGGAGAUUGUCAACAGCAGCUCGAGAGAGUAUUCAUAUGGGAUUUAGACGAGACCAUAAUCAUAUUCAACUCUCUCUUGACCGGUGGAUUUGCCACUAACCAUUCCAAAGAUCAACAAAUCAUGCAGCCACUGGGAUACCGAAUGGAAGAAAUGAUUUUCAAUUUAGCUGACAACAGUUUUUUUUUCAAUGAAAUUGAGGAAUGUGAUCAAGUGCACAUAGACGACGUUGCUUCCGACGACAACGGUCAAGAUUUGAACGGUUAUAACUUCAGUACUGAUGGAUUUCACGGACAACAUCACAGUCAACAUCAUCACAUGAUGUCCGGCGGACCAGGAACCGGUUCUUCUUCACAAGUACGCGGUGGUGUUGAUUGGAUGCGCAAAUUGGCAUUUCGAUAUCGAAAGAUCAAAGAACUUUAUAACAAUUAUCGUAAUUCUGUUGGUGGUCUUUUGGGACCUGGAAAAAGGGAUGCUUGGUUACAGCUUAGAGCUGAUAUUGAGCUACACACCGACGAUUGGUUGACGAUGGCUAUAAAAUGUCUUGGAUUAAUAAAUUCACGGCCAAGUUGUGUAAACGUAUUGGUAACCACAACUCAUUUGAUACCGGCUCUAUCGAAAGUUCUUUUGUAUGGUCUUGGUGGAUUGUUCCAAGUCGAUAAUAUAUACUCGGCUACAAAAAUUGGCAAAGAUUCUUGUUUCGAACGAGUGGUGGCUCGUUUUGGUCGAAAAUGCACAUACGUGGUUAUCGGCGACGGACAUGAAGAAGAAAAUGCAGCUAGACAAUUGAAUUUUCCUUUUUGGAGAAUAUCAUCGCGUAAUGACCUGGCUGCACUUUAUAAUGCUUUGGAUAUGGGGUUCCUUUAAGUAAAAAUAUAUAAUUUUAUACAUAAAUAUAAAUAAAUAUAAGUGUCAAAUCUACAUAACGCUUUCUAGAUAAUACCAUGUUAAUACUUUAUAGAUAUAUAGCGAUUUUUCGUCUUAACGGAUAUUUGUAUAUUAUGUAUAUUUUAAUUUUAUAGUAUAAAUAAUUAUAACUGGUGUAUAAAAUUAUAUAUUAUAAUUAUUAUCUGAUGUAAAUAGUUUUGUUUGGGAAUUUUUUUAUAGUGACCAGAAUACGCACCUCGCCUUGAAUUUUUGUAUUUAUUUAAUUAUGUACACAUGUACAUAAUAUAUAUUUUCAUUGUGUUAUUAUUACCAUAUAAGAAAUACCAUAUAAUCAAGAUUAAAUAUUUAGCUCGAUGAUUAAUUGUUUUUUU